CCAAACUAAGCUAAAGCAAAGCAUCUAGAACAACACAAGAGUAAGAAGUAACAAAACAAACCCAUCUUCUUCACUUAUAAACACUCAAAUAUCAGAUAUCCAUUCAUUCAUUCAUUCAGAAAAGGAAUUGGAGAGAGAAAAUCAAAUUAAUCAGAUAUCAAAAAUCAAGCAAAUUAAAAACAAAGAAAGAUGCCAGGAGCUAAAGUAUUGGGAGUAGCAGUUGAUUUCUCAAAGAGCAGCAAAUGUGCUCUUCAAUGGGCUAUAGAUAACUUAGCUGAUAAAGGUGAUACCUUAUACAUCAUCCAUGUUCAACCUCAUUCUCAUGAUGAAUCUCGCCACCUUCUUUGGGCUAAAUCUGGUUCUCCACUUAUUCCAUUGGUGGAGUUCAGAGAUCCUAAUAUUUUGAAGAAAUACGAUGUUCAGACUGAUAUUGAAGUUCUUGAUAUGUGUGAUACUGCUUCUCGUCAAAAAGAGAUUACUAUAGUAGCAAAAGUAUACUGGGGAGAUGCAAGAGAGAAGCUGAUGGAAGCAAUUGAAGAUCUGAAAUUGGAUACUUUAGUCAUGGGUAGCAGGGGACUUACUGGUCUUAAAAGGAUUAUAAUGGGGAGUGUGGCGAAUUAUGUGAUGAGUAACGCUCAUAUCCCAGUGACCAUUGUCAAAGAACCAGGAGUUCACAAGGCCUGAUUUACUUACAGACACAGUGGUUUCAUGUAACGUUGUUGGUUAAGUAUCAUGCUGAAGCUAAGGUCUUUGUCUUGUUAGCUGCCUGUUUGUUCAUAGCUUCGUGCUCUUUCAACUCGAGGAUGUUUCUUUCGAGUUAACCAAAUUUAAUAAUUUGCUGUUAUGUUGUUGCUAAUAAGUUAGGCUUUAGGGAUCCCCUCGGCGAUCAGAACAACUAGAAGAUGUCAAUUGUUAUGCUAAUGUAUUACUUCUACUUGUAAUUCCUCAUGUAGUAAAAGGGAAAAUGGUGUUUUCAUCUUCCAA